CACUGUGCACACAUCCCAUACACGGUGUCUCGGCAAUUUGGUGGAAAAACUUCUGCACUUUCUGCCUUUCUGGGUGGGUAACAAUCACCUCUAUUCAUCCCUCGUGGGUGAUUUAUAGACAUUUAUGUCCUCUUCUACCCAAAAUCCUUUCUCCAGUUCACUCUUCUGACAUCUCCCCGUGUGACGGGUUUUUUUUUCUUCACUUGGGGCUGGAUUUUUUUUUCACAGCACCCCAUUCACAACCUCGAACCAUAUCUCCUUUUUUUCUGGAGUACUGUGUAUAUGUGCAAAAACGUCCUCCGGGGGCUGUUUGGCUACGUGGAGAUCUUUCUCUCGCUCUGGAUUACGUUCUCAAGCAUAAAAGCACUGAAAAUUUGAGUGAUAUUGUUAUGUGAAAAAUCAGUAAUGCGUGUCCGAAAUGGCUGAAGUGAAUUAAAAAGGGACUUUGCUGUGAAAUCCCCUAAAGAACAUUGUGAACAAUAAAUUUACUCACGUUCACCGAAAGUGUUAAAAACAAUUCUCAAAGUGUUGAAGAAAGAGAUAAAAAUUGCCGAAGAAUUAAUCUUACAGUGAUAUAAAUUCUCCUUUUUUUUCUUCUCUAUUCUCCUACUCCUCAUCUUGGAACAUUAAUCGUUAUCUUGGCAUCUAAUCGAAAAACUCCUUCAGUGAGGCGUUUCCUGUCACACUAAAAGAAUCAAUUCCUUUUUUUUUGGGCUAAAUGUGUGUGUGUUUUGCGCUGAAAUUGAAUUUGGCCAAAAUGAUGAAAGGAUAAAAUUCUUCCAUACAACCUCAAAUCGUGCUAUAAGUGGAUAUUGACAGGGCGGAAAUAUUAAAAUAGGAAAUUUCAACAGAGACAUACUUCCUUGGUAUUGCCACGCAAAAUAAAUAACAGCAAAAUCGAUCCUUUGGCCACAAUUUACGGAUUUUCCCCUAAUACACAAAUAUAGAUUUUUUGCCAUCCCGUCCUCAGUUGCGUACACGUACAAUAUACAUUUUCUGUGAGUGUGUUUCGUGGUGAGCUUUCAUUCGCCUUUCCAUCCGUGGAUUAUGGAGAGGAAUAAAAGAAAACCAUGAUUUGCUUCUGUGGAAUCCAGUGAAGGAAAAAAAAGUGUCGUGUGACGUCUCAUUUUGCCUCUGAGGAUCUCCUAAUGCUGCCGGAAGCACUAUAAUUCUUUACAAUCUUCACCAGUGAAACAACCUCCUACAAUGAUGUUUGAUGAUGCCGAAAACUGCUAAGGUGGCAUCCACUGACAAGAACUGGCGGUGAUGGGAAGGCGUGCGGACGUCCAUGUUCGUCCCUCGACGACAAGUUCUCACAGAAGAUUUGCAUCAUUUGCCAUUGUACCACUGCUGAUUUGCUUCUGGACACCCGUUGCACCAUUGGAACACAGGGAGAAACAGGAGAAAACACCACCAUGCGAACCACGCACAUUAGACGAAAGUCCUCCUGACCCUUGGUAUGAUGCAUCAGACAUCACUCUAAGCACUGCACGUUCCCUCGCCGAAUAUCUAGCACUGAAACCCACCCAAAAUGAGGUUCGUCAGAGAGCAAAUGCAUUGGCCAAAAGUGCUCUCAAGGAGGAUGAAAAUUUCCUAGCAGUUGCAAUAGCUGCUCCCACCGUAUUCCUUUCAGUUAUUCAGUUCCGGGAUCAAGUGGACCGUCCACCUCAUUCACAGCUCAAUCAUAGCUUUCUGGCCACAUACUGGCGAGAGUUGGGUGUGGCAUGGAAUCACACAGAAGGUUCCCAAUACUGGGGGGUGCCUUUCAGGGAUUGCGGUCCACUUGUGGGUCGCUGGCUGUGGCCCUUCAGUGUCACCAUCCAUGAGCACGGCUAUAAAGUUGUGGCAUCAUCAUUCAUAGCUGCCGAUUUGGAUCAGUGCAACGAUGCUCUGGAGGCAAUCUUUGGGCAGAAGCACGGGUGUGAUCGCGAGACCACCUUUUGUCUUCAGGGCGAUGUAGAUGUCAACUCCCCGCGAAAGGGGGGUUACACGUGCGUAUGUAAGCAGGGCUUCUUCGUCCCCAAUCAGACACUACAGGGUUUUGAGGGUGAAAAGGUAGAGAGUGGCAGUGGAAACUUCAGUUGCAUCCCUUGUCCCGGAGGUUGCACAGAGUGCAGUAACACGGGAGAGUGUCUAUUUGGGGAUGAGCAAGAUGCUCUGUCAACAGAAACCCUUUUCAAAUCAUCAAUUGGGGCAAUUCUGGGAGCUUGUAUGCUCUGUUGCUUCGUUCUUGCUGUCAUUGUGUUUCGACAAAGGAAGUGCAAGACCAUCGCUACGGGAAUGUGGACAGUGUUAGAGACAAUCCUCUUGGGAAUCAUACUCCUCUAUGAGGCUGUGGCCCUUCAUUUUCUACCUGCUUCCACACUCCGAUGUCUCCUAGAACCCUGGUGUCGUGAACUGGGCUUCGUCAUCUGCUACGGCGCCAUCAUUCUCAAAUUAUAUCGUCAUCUCAUUGAAUUCCGGACUCGAAAGGCCCACAGAUGGGUAGUCCGAGACUUGGAUCUUCUCAAGUAUCUCUGUGCCAUGAUCGUGGCUGUGUUGUGCUACUUGUCAGCUUUCACGGCGUCUGCCAUGGACUUCCUUGAGCAUGGGGGGCUACUGGGUCUCGAAGAAGACGACACAAACACCUGCCGCCCACUUAAGUGGGACUACGUCACUCAGGCCGGAGAAAUGUUCAUUCUGGCCUUUGGACUUCAUCUCGGCUAUGCCAGCCGUAAUGCCAAUACACAAUUUCGGGAAAGACAGUUCCUCGUGGUUUCUAUCUUGAUUGAAUUUGUAGUGUCAUCCAUUUUUUAUACCCUAAGAGCACUGUAUUUGCCAGAACUCAGUCCAGGUGCAAUCUUUCUGGCACUCUUCUUGAGAUCUCAACUCACAAACACCGUCACGUUGGGACUAAUUUUUCUGCCAAAGUUGUGGUAUCAACAUAAACAGAAUAGCUUGCAGGUUCGUUCCUUAACCCAAGAACUAUCAUGCCGCUUACCUGUGGAUGCUUUUAAGGGAUCCCAUGAUGCCUCCCAUCAUGGAGUCGCUGGAAGUGGUGUUGGUGGUGGUGGCACAUGCAUCCUUGGUGAUCCAGAUAUUGGGGACUUGAGCCUCUCCGAGAUGAAUCCAGAAGACAUUAGGGCAGAACUGAAAAGACUGUAUACACAAUUAGAAAUUCUGAAAAAUAAGACACUGCGUCAGGAUAAUCCGCAUAUUAGUAAAAGACGUGGAGGCAGAAAAGUUGCUCACCGGAGAUUUUCACUUCAGAAAAAAGGAAGUAAGGAUAAGGCUUUAAGUGCAAAGCACCGCAGCAACCGACACAAUGCCCACGACAUGGAAGUUACUGAAGCUGAACCAUCUCGUACUCCGGAGGAUUCUGUAUGCAGCGGAGAAGGACCAACGGACACAGGUGGAGAAAUGUCUGCCUUGUCUGUGUCCAAAUAAUCCUUCAAUCCCCACGAUGUUCACCCACCCAAGUAAUUCGUUUAAGUAUAAGAAAAGAAUUAAUCCAAAAAUAUUAGGAUAGUGAAUGGAGGAGCAUUUCUGUUUUGCUUCUUUUGUGUACAGUGGAGAAGCAUUGAGAUUGUGAAAAGAGUAUAAGAAAUUAUUGUUAUCGCAUAAUUGUUAUGGGAAAAGAAACUGAAGAAAAACGGUAAUUUAGCAUCUUACUUAAGUAUGUCUCAUUGAACAAAAUGGAUAAAAUCACAAUGUGUCCCAUUUUAGAUAAAAAUGAUUAUUGAAUCACCAAAUAUUUAAGGGAGAAAAGCGCCAGUUGGAAAGUUAAACUUUCCACAAUGAAAAAAAAAUUAAGAGUUUUAUCGCUGUGACAAUGUUUUCGUGUAUAUAUGCGCUGAAUGGUAAAAAAAAGAACUUGUAGCUGAAAUUUUGGGAUGAAAGGCACCUUAUAUAGAUGAUGAAUAUUAAAAUUGCAAUUUUAUUUGCAUCAUGUGAGUUGAAAAUCUAUGUAAAUAAAUGUACCAAGUUAGUUAAAACGAUCUCAUAUUGCAAUUGACAGAAGUAUAGAGAAGGAAAAUUAUUAAUUUAGCAUAAUUAUUGACACUUAUAACAGCGAACAUGAAUUUAUAUGAAGAGAAUCGACACCAGAGUUGGAAUGACGAACUUUUAUUUAAUAAAUUAAUUUAAUUUGGAAUACAUUAAUUUAUUCGGAAAAAGCUUUUCAUCUACAUCUACAACAUAAAAUUAACUAGAGAACUCUUUACAUUUUAUCAUACACAGAAAAAAAAUAUUUUGUAAAACUAUUCGUAAAUAUUUGUGAAUUCCUAUAUGGGGGACUUACGAAAUGCUCGUAAAUCGUGUAACCCACAAACAAGAU